UGAGAGUGGUAUUGGAAUUUGACAGUGACAGUGUAACAUCCGGCGGAAGUAAAUAAUACACGUGCCGGCUUACUGAAUCUGCUGGAAGGAGUUGUUGUAGUCGGAGCACCGCUAAUUAUUUAUUUGUAGUUCAGCAACAAUGUCUUCAGUUGAGAGUUUGAGAGAGUUUGUCAACGAGCGACUAACUGCUGCUGCUGAAGAAAUAUUCAGAGUUUUUAAAAACACUAUCGUCGAGUACGAGAAAGAGAUCGAUCGUCAGCGCAGACUGCUGGAUAUCGUUUGGAAACCCGAAGUAAAGUUACACAGGAUAGAGCUCCCACAGCAACAUGUCUGUAAGGAGGAGGAGGAGGAGGUUCUGGCUGACCAGCAGCUCUGUAUUCAGGAGAGGAUCCCCGGUCUGGACCAGGAGGACCCACAGCCUCCACAGGUUAAAGAGGAACAGGAGGAACUCUGUACCAGUCAGGAGGGAGAGCAGCUUGUAGUAAAGCAGGAGACUGACACCUUUAUGUUGACUCCUACUUAUGAGGAAAGUGACCACAGUGAAGCAGAACUGAAAAGUGACCACCAGCCUCACACGGGUAAAAACUCUUUCACAUGUGACACAUGUGGAAAAGGUUUUCAGUACAAAUCAGUAUUUCAAGAACACCUGAGAAUUCACACAGGUGAGAAGCCGUAUUCUUGCAAAACAUGUGGGAAAGAAUUCAGAACUAGCAGUUUAUUGAAAGGCCACACAAGAACCCACACAGGUGAGAAGCCGUAUUCUUGCAAUACAUGUGGGAAAUCUUUUAGCCGAAGGGGUGGCUUGAUAGUCCAUUUCAGAACCCAUACAGGUGAGAAGCCAUACUUAUGCAAGACCUGUGGGAAAAGAUUCAGUGACACUUCAGCAUUUAAACAACAUAAGAGAAUCCACACAGGUGAGAAGAUGUAUUGUUGUGAAACAUGUGGGAAAGACUUCAGAACUAGUGAUCACUUGCAACUCCAUAUAAGAACCCACACAGGUGAAAAGCCGUACUUGUGCAAGACAUGCGGGAAAAGAUUCAGUGACCCUUCAGCUUUGAAAAGACAUAAGAGAAUCCACACAGGUGAGAAGGCGUAUUCUUGUGAAACAUGUGGAGGUUCUUUUAGCCAGAGGGAUUACUUGAAACUCCACAUGAGAACCCACACAGGUGAGAAGCCGUACCUUUGCAAGGCCUGCGGGAAAAGAUUCAGUGACACUUCAACAUUUAAAAGACAUAAGAGAAUCCACACAGGUGAGAAGGCGUAUUCUUGUGAAACAUGUGGAGGUUCUUUUAGCCAGAGGGGUUACUUGAAACUCCACAUGAGAACCCACACAGGUGAGAAGCCGUAUUUUUGUGAAACAUGUGGGAAGGUUUUUACAUUUUGUGGUCAAUUGAAAACCCACAUAAAAAGAGAACACACAGGUGAGAAGCUGUAGCUUUGCACAAAGAAAAGAUGUGUUGAUGCAUCUAUUUGACACUGCACAGAAGGCAGACAAGAACUCAAAAGAAGUGAAGAGCUGCAUAAGUGCAGAACUUGUGCUAAAAGUUUUGAAAACACCUGAGGAUCAAUAUACAGAGGAGAAAAACACUUUUGCAAUAGCUGGAUCUCUCAAUGAAUUUAAAAUGUUUUCUAUAAUAUGAGGUGUCAAAAGUGUACCUUCAUAUGACUGUAUUAUAUUUCUGUUAGUAACAGUAUUUCUUUGAAACAAUUGUAAUCUCUAAAAUGGAGACACCUAUUUAGUUUCACACUGAGUGCACUGUAGUGGCAGUUAAAUUAAUGGAUUGAUCAUGAUUGUUGUUGGUUUUGCUAAAUGUCUUUUUAUGAAGUAUCUAUCAAUCAUUUUUAGCUUAAAUUUAAAAGGGCUUUAAUUCAUCUACAUCAAGUAGUAUUUUUUUGGUUCUAUAUGAAGCUAACACAUCUUUGAAAGAAGUCAGGUUGAACAUUUAAGCGUUUUUGACAUCUGUGAUGGAAAUGGUAAAUGUCUUUGUGAAAGAAAUAAAGAAAAUGGGAAAGUU